AUGGUUUGGCCGUGGACUACCGUUUCUGCCUCUACGUCUCCAAAAGGAAAGAGAAUCAAUGGAAUCCGGCAUACUGCACAGAAGAAAUGGCCACCAAAGACUUCAAGACAACACUUCAGAUCUCGAUUGGUAGUAUUGCUGAUUAUGAUCACCACCAUGAUUGCUUGGGUGGGAGCUUUGCUACGACUUGUGCUCCUAUCAAAAGACAACAGAGAUCCGAUGUCCAUACACAAUCCUCCCGUUGUCGCCUUUCACGAUGCCGUGGACGAUAGGAUUGCCCGAGAAAUACCUGGAUUGGAAAUUUCUAUUCCAAUGCCGCCAGAUGGUGGUCAAUCCGAUCUUCAAGUGGUAAUACCCGCCAACUUACAAUCAUACUUUUCCAGCAACAUAUCUAUCGAUGACUCAAAAGCAAAAGGCAUGGUACUAUUGCUGCAUGCUUGUACACAUUCCGCGACAAAGUUUUUCUCCCCAUCUCUUGCCACCUGUCCCAACUGUGUUGGCUUAUCUGAAGAAAUGCGCAUCGUAAGGCUAGUGUUGGAAAAAGGAUACAUUCCAGUCGCCUUGUCUUGUGUCGAUCGAAAAAGCGGAUGCUGGAAUCCUACGAAGGAUACCAAACGAAUUGAAUACUUGCUGAAAUGGUUGCGAGAAGAACCAUCAUCAAACGAACCAUUGUCACCUCGCAAGUUUCUUUCGACUGCACUAUCAUCAUCCCCUUCCUCUCAGACAUUUGUAAUGGGAGCUUCUUCAGGAGGUGCCAUGGCGGCUCAGUUGGUCGCUCACGGAGUCAUUGAUAAGGGUGUCGUCAUGGUCAUGGGACUGGGCCCCAAGGUCGUCACCCAACUUCAGGAAUUGCACCGACAACGACAACAAAGCAAGAAUAACGGAGGCAAAGCAAGCUCACCAAAAUUAUAUUUAGCACCCAUGCCACGAGACAAGGGCACCACUCAAAAGGCAAUUCAGAAUUAUCAUACGCUCUGCACCAAUAACUGCGCUUCAGCAGGGCAUAAUCCACUUCCGAACUCUGAGGCGGGUGACUGGAUCAUACUGGAUACGACACACUGCGCUUCCUUGCCUGUCACUGUCGACUUUUUGAUGCAACGAGUUCCUGGCAUGAAUGUCGAGGCGGCAAACCAGUUAAUUCAAGCAUUGCUAGAGGCCAAACACAUGGACAAAGACAGCCAAGAACUCGUGGUGGAUCCCACAAGAUCCAACUGGAGGGACUUGUUAUUACUACAGGAAGAAAAGAAGGCUGUCUCUUCCAGCUCCAAUGCCUCUUACUAUCAUGGCAAGUUUGCUCUUCAGCCAGGAUACUCGCCACUGGCCAAAGCAUUGCACCGAGCAUGGGCCUUUCACGAAUACUGUUCGGAAGUGGUGGUUCCGGCGCUGGAAUUCUUUGAGCAAUAG